AUGGCAGAGUCUCCACUGAAGCAAGCGGUCUUGACUGCUGGCAGUUUGGCAGCUGGACUGUCAGCACGACGGCGGAAAGUGGGCGAGGUCACUUUGGAUCCACAGACGGCAGACUGUGCACAGGAGAUACGAAAUAUGUUGAGACAAGACGAUGUGAGCCCCGAAGUGGCUCAAGAUGUGGUCCGGGCUUUGUCAGCUUUUGGGAAGAUGAGGAUUCUUCAUACCCAGGUCUUGAAUGUUUUACGAGACCUGCCAGAAAGCACAUGGAAAGAGAGCUUUUCUUUGUCGAUGAUGGUGGAGGCAAUCUCGUCCUAUGCCGAAUUUCAGCUUGAAGAUCCAGAGUUCAACCAAGUUCUGGCAGGUCUCAUUGUGAGUCGAGGCCUCAAACAUGUGAAGGCUUUUGAGCUUGCAAAGCUUGUCUUUGCCGCUGCUUCCCUUGAAUUGGGUGACUUUGAAGGGGUCUAUGCCACAUUUCUAGAGGCCUUCAGAAACACCGACAUGACACGUUUGGGCAGCUUUGACCUUUGUCGGUGUCUUUGGUCCUUAGCAAGGCUGAGACCCCAUACGGGCGGAGGAAAGCUGGUGGUUGAGGCCAAACCGUUGGCAAAGGCUUUGGCAAGAAAGCGAGGUAUUUUUGGACCUAGCCUGGCUCAAGCUGUGUGGGCUUUGCCCAGGCUAGGUCUUUCAGACGAUGUGGAGAAGAUUCUCGAGGUUAGCAGCGGUGCAGUGCUUGCUCCUGGCGACCAGGCACAGCAGCUUCGGCGCCUGGCUGAAAGCUGUGAGAGCCCCGGUCUUCAGGCAGCGGUGCUGAAUGCCGCGGCGCUGCGAUAUACGAAGGUGAAAGAUUUUGCGAAGUGCAACGAGAUUUUUGAAUAUAUGGCUGAGAAGGAUCUUUGGACGCCGGUGAGCUAUGCAUUAGCAAAACGAGUAGGCAGUCAUGUGCAGGGAUCACCACCUUUACCGGGCAUGAGGACUCCAGGGCCAAAAGCUCACAAGUAUGUCCGUGCUUUGUACCACGCCCUCUCAAGAGCGAAGCCUCUUGAUGCUCAGAGUGCUUUGGCGGGAUUGGAGCACUUUUCCCGCAUCAGUUCGCGGAACUGGCUGAAGUUUGGUGCUGCAGAUGAGAAAGGGAAAGUCUUGGAAGAUGCCUGGGCCACUCACGGGCAGAAGAAGGAAGAUUGCCUGGCAGUGGAAUUUGGCACCUUCCUUGGCUAUUCUGCUGUCAAAAUGCAGCAACAGCUUGGAGAUGGGUCCAGAGUGAUCAGCUUCGAAAUGGAUCCUGAGGUGGCGUGUUUGGCCUUGAACUUCAUUGAGUUCGUUGGUCUCAGUGAUGUGAUUGAGGUUCGGAUUGGUCAGUGCGAGGAUUUGGUGGACAAUUUGAAAGAGGAGCUGGAGCCUGGAUCCGUUGAUGUCGUCUACAUGGAUCACAAUCAGAUGACAUAUCACAGGGACUUGGCACAACUGCAACAAAGCAGGCUGCUGUCCAGGGAGGUGCUUUUUGCUGCCACUCAAUGCUUGAAACCUGGUGCACCCUUGUUGCUAUGGCAGUUGGUGCAAGAACGGAAGGUUGAUGUUUGGUCAGCUUUGGAGAUUGUGUCCUGCCCUGACUGUGGCUUCAAUCGAAUGGAAGACUGGGUGGUUCUUGCUCGUGGCGCCGCCAAGACACGGAGCCUGAAAAGAAGGGAACCGAAGAACCUCAGGACAGCUCCUCCGCGAGAUUUGGUGCUAUUGGCAGCGGAGUGCAACUUGAUGCGCUGGCGAACUGCCAAGGGCAUGGUCGAUGAGAAGCUCUGGGAUGAAUUUGUGCAAUAUGUACGCAGAGGAAUGGAGAGGGCCGGAAUCAGCAACACCAGGGAAAACUGGCCAGAUCAGAAGUGGUUUGAUGCUGCUCGGAAGCUGGAAUAUCAACGUCUCGACUAUUGA